GUGAAGCGCCCGCGGGUUUUUCUACGGACCGCUCUUUCUCCAGACUCCACUUAUAAAUUAUCUGUGAAUCUGCGCUCCUGUUUUUCGCUGUGAUCGUAUUCUCUGCUUCUAGGAUUCUCAGGAAAAGAAAGAAAAAAUGGCCAGGAAAUUCUUCGUCGGAGGCAACUGGAAAUGCAAUGGAACAACCGAGGAGGUGAAGAAAAUUGUCAGCAUGUUGAAUGAAGCUGAAGUUCCUUCAGAAGAUGUUGUGGAAGUUGUUUUGAGUCCACCUUUCGUGUUUCUUCCGCUGGUGAAGAGUUUGUUGAGGUCUGAUUUUCAAGCUGCAGCGCAGAACUGUUGGGUUCGCAAAGGUGGUGCUUUUACUGGAGAAGUUAGUGCUGAGAUGCUUGUCAAUUUGGGAAUUCCCUGGGUUAUUAUUGGGCAUUCUGAAAGAAGACUUCUUUUGAACGAGUCCAAUGAGUUUAUAGGAGAUAAAGUUGCAUAUGCACUUUCUCAAGGCAUUAAAGUCAUUGCUUGUGUUGGAGAGACUCUCGAGCAGCGGGAAUCAGGAUCAACAUUGGAUGUUGUUUCAGCACAAACUAAAGCAAUUGCAGAUAAAAUCUCUAAUUGGGACAAUGUUGUUUUGGCUUAUGAGCCAGUUUGGGCAAUCGGAACAGGGAAAGUUGCAACCCCUGCUCAGGCUCAGGAAGUCCAUUCUGAAUUGAGGAAAUGGUUUCACAAAAAUGUUAGUGCUGAAGUUGCGGAAAAAAUCAGAAUUAUAUAUGGAGGUUCUGUAAAUGGUGCAAACUGCAAAGAAUUGGCAGGACAACCUGAUCUGGAUGGAUUUUUGGUCGGUGGAGCUUCUCUCAAGCCUGAGUUUGUUGACAUUAUCAAGUCUGCCACAGUGAAGAAAUCUGCAUGAAUGGCUGGACGAGGCAUCGAUGACCAAUGAGGUACCCGGGACAUAUGGAAAUCCUUGUUCUCUUGAGCAAUAAUGUUUGAGACCCAGUUCUGUAUUGUAUUCUCUCCUUUGUGAUGCAUUUUGACAUAAAUUUGGCACUGUUGAGGUCCAUACUAUGUUUAAGUUUGGACUGCGAUCAUCUCAAUUCUGACUCAGAUUGAUGGGUGGGCUUUCAGAUUUUCAAAUUGCUGCUUCAGAAUUCAAAGACUUGAGUUAUAAAUACACCUUGGUACUACAAUGAUUUUAUUCAUUUUUA